UCUCCAUAUUCCCACCAUGCCACCAUCAUCACAUAUCUUGUUUAUAUUUUUGUCAUUCUUAUUAUCAAGAACCACAAUGGUCAUCUUGUGUUUGAACCAAGAAGGUCUAGAUUUACUCCAAGUCAAGUCCACAUGGACCGACCCAACCGGGAUCCUCUCAAGCUGGAACAACAAUGAUCAGACUCCAUGUAACUGGACCGGCAUCACUUGCCACCAAACCAUCUUAACGGUUAUAUCCAUCAACCUCUCUUCGGCUAGCCUCAGCGGCCCAUUUGACACCACGUUCAUAUGCCGGCUUCCUUCCUUAACCACCAUCUCACUCCAUGACAACAAUUUAAACUCAACCAUCCCAAUAUCCAUCUCAAAAUGUCAAAAUUUGACAUAUCUAGACCUUUCAUUAAACUACAUUCAUGGUGUCCUUCCAUCUACCCUCACCACCAUCCCAAAUCUAGUAUAUCUUGACCUACAAGAAAACGAUCUUUCGGGAGAAAUUCCAAGUACUUUCGGAUCAUUUCCACGUCUCCAAACACUUAACUUAACCAACAACCUUCUCACCGGACCAUUUCCUGCUUUUCUAGCUAAUGUUACAUCUCUCGUUGAGCUAGUUCUAGCUUACAAUUCAUUUGACCAUGGUCCUAUCCCACCAGAGCUAGGAAACCUAUCAAAUAUCCAACACUUAUGGCUAAGUUCUUGCGGUUUUGUUGGAACAAUUCCGGAUACAUUUUCCAAACUACAUAAGCUUGCAAAUCUCGAAUUAUCCUACAAUUCACUAACUGGUGAGUUCCCGGCUAUCGUAUUCCAGAUUAAAAAUCUUUACCAGCUUGAGCUUUACAACAACUCGUUUCAUGGCGAGUUGCCAAAGAAGGAAUGGGCUAGUAUGACACAAUUGCGAAGAAUCGAUUUAUCGAUAAAUGGUUUCACUGGGACUAUACCCGUUGAGUUAUGCAAGUUGCCUUUAUCAUCACUUUGUUUGGCUGAUAAUAACUUACAUGGUUUGAUUCCUGAAAGUUUAGCUAGAUCACCAAACUUAUAUGAUCUUAGAUUAUUCGGUAAUUCCUUGACGGGUUUACUUCCUAGUGAUCUUGGAAAGAAUUCGCCUUUACAAACAUUGGAUGUUUCUUAUAAUAAGUUAUUCGGUGAGCUUCCGUUAACUUUAUGCGAAAAUCGUGAAUUAAUUGAUCUUGAUUUGAUUGGGAAUUCAUUUUCUGGAGAGAUACCAACUAGCCUUGGAGAAUGCAAGAGUUUAAGACGAAUUCGUGUAAGUGAGAACAAGUUUUCGGGUCAAGUUCCAUUGGAAAUUUGGGGGUUGCCUCAUGUUUAUCUUCUUGAUCUUGCUCAAAAUUUGUUUUCGGGUAAUCUAUCUAAUAUGAUCUCUGGAGGGGUUAAUCUUUCUUCAAUUUCGAUUUCAGGGAAUACUUUUUCGGGUAGUUUACCAAAUGAAAUAGGAUCUUUAAUCAAUUUGGUUGAGUUUUAUGCUAGUGAUAACAAGUUGAUUGGAGAGAUUCCAGAAUCUUUAUUUAAGUUAGACCAUUUGGGGACACUUGAUCUUAGUCAAAACAAUCUUUCGGGCCAGAUAUCUGAAAAAAUUGAGUCUUUGAAAGAGCUUAAUGAACUUAAUUUAGCAAACAAUAAGUUUACAGGCGAAAUCCCCAACGAAAUUGGUAAUUUACCUGUUCUUAAUUAUCUUGAUCUUUCGGGUAAUUUGUUUUAUGGAAAGAUUCCAUCAGGGCUAGGAAAUUUGAUACUAAAUAAGUUGAAUUUAUCAAACAAUCAACUUUCUGGAGAGAUCCCUUCUGAAUAUUCAAAACCAGUUUAUCGAGAUAGUUUCUUAGGGAAUCCGGGUUUAUGUGGUGGGUUUAGCCAUGGCUGCGUUGAAGAAAACCCGAAGAAAAGUAAUCAUAAUUUAUGGCUUCUUAGGUUUAUAUUCAUUUUUGCUGGACUAGUUUUGGUUAUUGGUGUGGUUUGGUUUGUUUUCAAGUAUCAUAAAAUCAAGAAAUCGAACGAUGAAGGAGUGUCGAUAUCCAAGUGGAGAUCUUUUCACAAAUUGGGUUUUAGUGAAUUCGAAAUUGUUCAACUUUUGAAUGAAGAUAAUGUUAUAGGAAGUGGUGCUUCAGGGAAAGUUUAUAAAGCGAUUCUUAGCAAUGGGGAACCCGUUGCGGUAAAAAAGUUAUGGGAAAGACAGUCAAAAAAGAAGGAUGAUUUGGAUUUACAAAAAGAUGAGUUUGAUAGUGAAGUGGAGACAUUAGGUAAGAUCAGGCAUAAGAAUAUAGUUAAGUUAUGGUGUUGUUUUAAGAGCGGAAACUCGAAGCUUUUGGUAUAUGAAUAUAUGCCAAAUGGAAGUUUAGGUGACUUGUUGCAUAGUAACAAAGGUCGAUUUUUGGAAUGGUCGAUGAGGCUGAAGAUCAUUGUUGAUGCGGCCGAGGGGUUGUCUUAUUUGCACCAUGAUUGUGUUCCUCCUAUUAUUCAUAGAGAUGUGAAAUCGAAUAAUAUACUAUUAGAUGAAGAAUAUGGAGCUAGAAUCGCAGAUUUUGGUGUGGCAAAAUUCAUCAACGUUGCGAGUCAAGGGUCUGAAUCGAUGUCUGUUAUUGCUGGUUCGCGUGGAUAUCUUGCUCCAGAAUAUGCAUACACGCUUCGUGUAAAUGAGAAGAGCGACAUCUACAGCUUUGGAGUCGUGAUAUUGGAACUAGUGACAGGAAGGAAACCAGUAGACGACGAGGGAGAUUUGGCCGCGUGGGUGCAAACAAAGGUGAACCAAAAGGAGUAUGAUAAUGUGGUAGACCAUGAACUCGAAUAUGAAUCCAAAGAGCAAAUCUAUAGGGUUCUUGAAAUCGGUUUGUCGUGCAUUAGCCCUGUUCCUUUGAACCGACCCUCGAUGCGUACUGUUGUGAAGUUACUUCAAGAAGUUACUCCGGAUGGGAAACAAAAAUCUACCAUUCACAAAGAUGGGAAGGUAUCUCCUUAUUUAGAAGAAAAUGACUCUGAUCAAGCAAGUUUGUGUUGAUCUAAGGUAUCUUAUAUUAUGCAUUGAAAUGUAUAUUGUUAGCUUAAUGCUGUCAUAAGUUAUGCAAUCAGAUCAUGUGUAAAUUUAAGUUUAUUGAUAUUACGUCAGCAA